GAGACUCCUCCUCGUCUUCGUUUAUUUUUGUUGUGAGGAUGUUUGUCUGCUAGCAAGCAUUUCUGGUAUUUAUAAAUACAAUUAUGUGAUUGACUAUUUUAGAGCAGCUAACAGUCAGGUACAACCGUAUUAUUCUGUUUUUUCCCAGUUAAUUUAACGUGGUCCAUCACUUAUUGCCCGAACUCACUCAGAUCUACUUAGGUGAAGGAGAGGGAAUGUCAAGCUUACCAGCAUGAUAACUACCUAAAGUCCAAUUUUUACUAGGCAGCUAACGUUAAACUCACAAGUUACUAGUAAUAAUAUAUAUUUUUAUAUCCCAAUCAUGGAUGAAGAGGAGAGUAACUCAUCAGCGGGUAACAACAAUAAGGACUCGAGCAUUAUCCUCACCAAAGACGGACAGACGCACUACGUUGACAAGAGCGGUGUUGUCGACGGUAGAAAUGUCGUCACGCGUCAAGAGUCGCGUAUGGAUGAUGUCGAAGAGGAGAGCAAUGUUUUGGACGCGUCGGACCCGCGGGAUAACGCUGCGAGUCCCGAAGAACUCAACGACGUCGACGACGACGAUGAUGAUGAUGAUGAAGAAGGCUACGGGGAUAGAGAUAACGUUUCAAAGACUUGUACAUACGACGGGUGCACGGAAACUACGACCCAAGUAGCCAAGCAGCGGAAGCCGUGGAUGUGCAAAAAACACCGCAACAAGAUGUACAAAGACAAGUACAAGAGGAAGAAGAGCGACCAGGCUUUGUCCACUAGCAAACAAGAUGAGAGCUUGGAGGAGAGGCCUGUAUCUGUGAACAAGCAGCGUCUUGGUACGGUGGGGGACCGGCCGGCCAGACCCUCCCUCAUCGAACAGGUGCUCAACCAGAAGAGACUGGUGAGUCAUGGACACAGAUGCACAGGCAGACGUCUCUGCUGAGGAGUCCUGAGGUGAUCAUGUUUUUACAGCAGCAGCAGCGUCUCCUGGCCACCCAGAGCCUCAGCCAAUCACAGCCUCACUUCCAGGGCUGCUAACGGCAACAGGGGGAGGAGCCAGCUUCUCUGGGUGUUCUGGAACUAUUUCCCUGAUUCCAUCUAUGAUUCUGACAGGAGAAGGACCAUAGAGAUCCUAUUCAAUUCCUAAUUCUGUGAGAAGGAUUGACUCAUUGGAAAUAGAAUACUAGAAUGGACCUUUUCAUGAUGAGAUAAAGGUCAACCAUGUUGGUCAGGGAGGGUUGUGAUAAGAUGUUGUGUAAAAACAAUGACUUUGAAGAAUGUAUCUGCACUGUAUGUUUGUUAGCCAGCAUGUUUUAGAGGAAUGAUUAAAUAAAUGUUUUUAAUGAACUACCCAUAAUGCCCCACAUUAUAUUCAAACAGUGCAGUCAAUCUACAGCCAGACACCGGCUGAAAUCAGUUGAUGAUAGGAUUUAGACAAGUUGUAAAAGCAACAAGUACUGAAAAUCACUCACAACUUUCCAAUAUAUUUUUUGUGACAUUUAUGGUCUGUUGAAAUAUAUUUUAGAGGUUGUUUUUAUGCAAAACAUGUGUAUUACAAACAUCAGUAUAAACUGUAUUUAUAACUAUAUGACAAUAGUUGAUGUUGAUUCAAUUACACAACUUGUGAUAUAUCACAUCUUUUAUUUUCCUACAUAAGUAAAAAUCAGGAAAUGCAUCA